AUGUAUCACCAUCCCGCAGCAGAGCAAAACCGCCAUAACCCCCUGGGUCUUCCCAUUUACGAAUGUUGGUUCUGCCCAACAAGCUUGAUCGGUUUCUCAGGCCUGGAAGACAGGUGGGAUGGGUCCCAAGCCGAUUCACAAUUUACGAAUGUGGCACUUAUGACUGGAAGUUCCGCUACCAAGAGGAUUGCGACUCCCACAUGGACUACUACAACCAUUGGGUGGAAUGGGAGACCUAUCCUCGACAGUUUCGCACUGAGUGGAUCUGCUAGGAGCAAAUAG